GGCAGGGAGCCAUCAAACCCACGACCACUAGAUCCAUCUAGAAAUGUCUGGAAAUCCAGACGCAUUCGAAAAUGAUCCAGGAUUCCCAUUCUUGGGAAUCUCGAGAGAGGCCAGAGCUGCCACUGCUGCUCGUCCUUUUGAUUCCAAGAAGAACUGCUGGAUUCCGGAUCCAGAAGAUGGAUUCGUCGCCGCCGAGAUCCAAUCCACCACCGGCGAACAGGUGACCGUGGUAACUGUGAAGGGAAACCAGAUUACCGUCAAAAAAGAUCAAUGCCAAGAGAUGAACCCGCCAAAAUUCGACAAGACCGAGGAUAUGGCUAACUUGACCUUUUUGAAUGAGGCCUCUGUUUUGGGAAAUCUCAAGGAUCGUUACAAGGAUUUGAUGAUUUACACAUACUCCGGACUUUUCUGUGUUGUAAUCAAUCCAUACAAACGUCUUCCAAUCUACAGUGAAUCUGUAAUCAAGCACUUCAUGGGAAAGAGACGUAAUGAGAUGCCACCUCAUUUGUUCGCUGUCUCUGAUGAAGCUUACCGUAACAUGGUUCAAGACAAGGAGAACCAGUCUAUGCUCAUCACCGGAGAAUCUGGAGCUGGAAAGACUGAGAACACCAAGAAGGUUAUCUCCUACUUCGCUAUUGUUGGAGCCACGCAAGCUGCUUCCGGCAAAGAAGCCAAGGAUGGAAAGAAGGGAGGUACUCUUGAAGAGCAAAUUGUGCAAACGAACCCUGUGUUGGAGGCUUUCGGUAAUGCUAAAACUGUCAGAAACAACAACUCUUCCCGUUUCGGAAAGUUCAUCAGAACUCAUUUCUCUGGAUCUGGAAAGUUGGCUGGAGGAGAUAUUGAACACUAUCUUCUCGAAAAAUCUCGUGUCGUCCGUCAGGCACCAGGAGAGCGUUGUUAUCACAUCUUCUACCAGAUUAUGUCUGGAAACGAUCCAAGUCUCCGUGGAAAGCUUAAGCUUAGCAACGACAUCACUUACUAUCACUUCUGCUCGCAGGCCGAGCUUACCAUCGAAGGAAUGGAUGAUAAGGAGGAGAUGAGACUUACUCAGGAAGCUUUCGAUAUCAUGGGAUUCGAAGACAACGAGACUAUGGAUCUUUACCGUUCCACUGCUGGAAUUAUGCACAUGGGAGAAAUGAAAUUCAAGCAGCGUCCACGUGAAGAGCAAGCCGAGCCAGACGGUGAGGAAGAUGCUCUCAACGCUGCUGCCAUGCUCGGAAUCCAAGCUGAGGAGUUCCUCAAGGCUUUGACCAAGCCACGUGUCCGUGUCGGAACCGAAUGGGUCAAUAAGGGACAGAACUUGGAACAGGUCAACUGGGCCGUUUCUGGACUUGCCAAGGCUAUCUAUGCCCGUAUGUUCAAGUGGAUCAUCACCAGAUGUAACAAGACCCUUGACGCAAAGGAGAUUGAGCGUAAGCAUUUCAUCGGAGUGCUUGAUAUCGCUGGAUUCGAAAUCUUCGACUUGAACUCUUUUGAACAGCUCUGGAUCAACUUUGUCAACGAACGUCUUCAACAAUUCUUCAACCAUCACAUGUUCGUUCUUGAACAAGAAGAAUACAAGCGUGAAGGAAUUGCCUGGACCUUCAUCGAUUUCGGACUUGAUCUUCAAGCCUGUAUUGAGCUUAUUGAGAAACCACUCGGUAUCAUCUCUAUUCUUGAUGAGGAGUGUAUCGUUCCAAAGGCCACUGAUAUGACCUAUGCUCAGAAGCUUCUUGAUCAACAUCUUGGAAAACAUCCAAACUUCCAGAAGCCAAAGCCACCAAAGGGAAAGCAGGGAGAUGCUCACUUCGCUAUUGUUCACUACGCUGGAACUGUCCGUUACAACGCCACCAACUUCCUCGAGAAGAACAAGGAUCCUCUCAACGACACCGCUGUCGCUCUUCUCAAGCACUCUACCGACAACUCCUUGAUGUUGGAUAUCUGGCAAGACUACCAGACUCAAGAAGAGGCUGCCGAGGCUGCUAAAGCCGGACAGACUGCAGGAGGAAAGCGUGGAAAAUCAUCUUCAUUCGCUACCGUCUCUAUGAUCUACAGAGAGUCUCUCAACAACUUGAUGAACAUGCUUUAUCAAACUCACCCACAUUUCAUCCGUUGUAUCAUUCCAAACGAGAAGAAGGCUUCUGGAGUUAUUGACUCUGCGCUUGUUCUUAACCAGCUUACAUGCAACGGAGUGUUGGAAGGAAUCAGAAUUUGCCGUAAGGGAUUCCCCAACAGAAUGCUCUAUCCAGAUUUCAAGCAUCGUUACGCUAUCCUUGCCGCUGAUGCCGCUAAGGAAUCUGAUCCAAAGAAGGCUUCCGUCGGAAUCCUUGACAAGAUCUCUGUUGAUGGAAACUUGACCGAUGAAGAGUUCAAGGUUGGAGAGACCAAGAUCUUCUUCAAGGCCGGAGUUCUUGCUAAGCUUGAGGACUUGCGUGACGAGAUUCUUUCUAGAAUCGUUACCAUGUUCCAAUCCCGCAUUCGUUCUUACCUUGCCAAGGCCGAAGUUCGUCGUCGUUACGAACAACAAACUGGAUUGCUUGUUGUUCAACGCAAUGUUCGUGCUUGGUGCACACUCAGAACCUGGGAAUGGUUCAAGCUUUUCGGAAAGGUCAAGCCAAUGCUCAAGGCCGGUAAGGAACAAGAAGCAAUGGGAGAGCUUGCCGUAAAGAUCCAAAAGCUCGAAGAAGCAGUUCAACGCGGAGAAAUUGCUCGUUCCCAAUUGGAAUCCCAAGUUGCCGAUUUGGUUGAAGAGAAGAACGCAUUGUUCUUGAGCCUUGAAACUGAAAAGGCUAAUCUUGCCGAUGCUGAAGAAAGAAACGAGAAGCUCAACCAACUCAAGGCUACCCUUGAGAGCAAGCUGUCCGAUAUCACUGGACAACUUGAAGACAUGCAAGAACGUAACGAGGAUCUUGCUCGCCAAAAGAAGAAGACUGAUCAAGAACUUUCUGAUACCAAGAAGCAUGUUCAAGAUUUGGAGCUUUCUUUGAGAAAGGCUGAGCAGGAGAAGCAGAGCCGUGAUCAUAACAUCCGCUCCCUUCAAGAUGAGAUGGCUAAUCAAGAUGAAGCUGUCGCAAAGCUUAACAAGGAGAAGAAGCAUCAAGAAGAAUCCAACCGCAAAUUGAACGAAGAUCUUCAAUCUGAAGAAGACAAGGUUAACCAUCUUGAGAAGAUCCGCAACAAGCUCGAGCAACAAAUGGAUGAGCUCGAGGAAAAUAUUGACCGCGAGAAGAGAUCUCGUGGUGAUAUUGAAAAGGCAAAGAGAAAGGUCGAGGGAGACUUGAAGGUUGCGCAAGAGAACAUCGAUGAGAUUACCAAGCAGAAGCAUGACGUUGAAACUACUUUGAAGAGAAAGGAAGAAGAUCUUCACCACACCAAUGCUAAGCUCGCUGAGAACAACUCUAUCAUUGCUAAGCUUCAACGGCUUAUCAAGGAGCUCACUGCUAGAAAUGCCGAACUCGAAGAAGAACUUGAAGCCGAGAGAAACUCUCGCCAGAAAUCUGAUAGAUCCCGUAGCGAGGCUGAACGCGAGUUGGAAGAACUCACCGAAAGAUUGGAGCAACAAGGAGGAGCCACUGCUGCGCAACUUGAAGCCAACAAGAAACGUGAAGCUGAAAUUGCCAAGCUUCGCCGUGAGAAGGAAGAAGAUUCGUUGAACCACGAAACUGCCAUUUCUUCCCUCCGUAAGCGUCAUGGAGAUUCCGUUGCCGAACUUACGGAACAGCUUGAGACUCUGCAAAAGCUCAAAGCCAAGUCAGAAGCUGAGAAAUCUAAGCUUCAACGUGAUCUUGAGGAAUCCCAACAUGCCACUGACAGCGAAGUUCGCUCUCGCCAAGAUCUCGAGAAAGCCUUGAAGACCAUUGAAGUUCAAUACUCUGAGCUCCAAACUAAGGCCGAUGAGCAAUCGAGACAACUUCAAGACUUUGCUGCUCUCAAGAACCGUCUUAACAACGAGAAUAGUGAUUUGAACCGCUCUCUCGAAGAAAUGGACAAUCAAUUGAACUCUCUUCACCGCUUGAAAUCAACUCUUCAAUCCCAACUCGAUGAGACUCGUCGCAACUAUGAUGAAGAAAGCCGUGAACGUCAAGCUCUUGCUGCCACAGCCAAGAAUUUGGAACACGAGAACACUAUUCUCCGCGAGCAUCUUGACGAAGAAGCUGAAUCAAAGGCUGAUUUGACUCGCCAAAUCAGCAAGCUCAAUGCUGAAAUUCAACAAUGGAAGGCUCGUUUCGACUCUGAGGGACUCAACAAGCUUGAGGAGAUUGAAGCUGCCAAGAAGGCUCUUCAACUUAAGGUUCAAGAAUUGACUGAUACCAAUGAAGGUCUCUUUGCCAAGAUUGCUUCUCAAGAGAAGGUCCGUUUCAAGUUGAUGCAAGACUUGGAUGAUGCUCAAUCUGAUGUUGAGAAGGCCGCUGCCCAGGUUGCUUUCUAUGAGAAACACCGUCGUCAAUUUGAGAGCAUCAUUGCCGAGUGGAAGAAGAAAACCGACGAUCUUAGCUCUGAACUUGAUGCUGCUCAACGUGACAACCGUCAACUUUCUACUGAUCUCUUCAAGGCUAAAACUGCUAAUGAUGAGCUCGCCGAGUAUCUCGAUAGCACUCGUCGUGAGAACAAGUCCCUUGCUCAAGAAGUUAAAGAUCUUACUGAUCAACUUGGAGAAGGAGGAAGAUCCGUUGCUGAACUUCAAAAGAUCGUCAGAAAACUUGAAGUCGAGAAGGAGGAGCUCCAGAAGGCUCUUGACGAGGCCGAAGCCGCUCUUGAAGCUGAGGAGGCAAAGGUCUUGAGAGCUCAAAUUGAAGUCUCCCAGAUCCGUUCUGAAAUCGAAAAACGCAUCCAAGAAAAGGAAGAAGAGUUUGAAAACACCCGCAGAAACCACCAGAGAGCUUUGGAAAGCAUGCAAGCUACUCUCGAAGCCGAAACCAAGCAAAAGGAAGAAGCUCUCAGAAUCAAGAAGAAGCUCGAAAGCGAUAUCAACGAUCUUGAGAUUGCUUUGGACCAUGCCAACCGUGCCUACGCUGAUGCUCAGAAGACCAUCAAGAAGUACAUGGAAACUGUCCAAGAACUUCAAUUCCAAAUCGAAGAGGAACAACGCCAGAAGGACGAGAUCCGCGAGCAAUUCCUUGCUUCAGAAAAGAGAAACGCAAUUCUUCAAUCCGAAAAGGACGAGUUGGCUCAACAAGCCGAGGCCGCUGAGAGAGCCCGUCGCAACGCUGAAGCUGAGUGCAUUGAACUUCGUGAGCAGAAUAAUGAUCUUAAUGCUCACGUGUCUGCUCUCACCGGACAACGUCGCAAGUUGGAAGGAGAACUCCUUGCCGCUCACGCUGAACUCGAAGAGAUUGCCAACGAGCUCAAGAACGCCGUUGAACAAGGACAAAAGGCUUCAGCCGAUGCUGCCCGUCUUGCCGAAGAGCUCCGUCAAGAACAAGAGCACUCCAUGCACAUUGAAAGAAUCCGCAAGGGACUUGAACUUCAAAUCAAGGAAAUGCAGAUCAGACUUGAUGAUGCUGAAAAUGCGGCAUUGAAGGGAGGAAAGAAGAUCAUUGCUCAAUUGGAAGCCAGAAUUCGUGCAAUUGAACAAGAAUUGGAUGGAGAACAGAGACGUCAUCAAGACACCGAGAAGAACUGGAGAAAGGCUGAAAGACGUGUCAAGGAGGUUGAAUUCCAAGUUGUCGAGGAGAAGAAGAAUGAAGAAAGACUGACGGAAUUGGUUGACAAGCUUCAAUGCAAACUUAAGAUCUUCAAGAGACAGGUUGAGGAGGCUGAGGAAGUUGCCGCCAGCAACUUGAACAAGUACAAGGUUCUCACUGCUCAAUUUGAACAAGCUGAAGAGAGAGCCGAUAUUGCUGAAAAUGCCCUGUCAAAGAUGCGUAACAAGAUUCGUGCAUCAGCUUCCAUGGCUCCACCAGAUGGUUUCCCAAUGGUUCCAUCAGCAUCCAGUGCGCUUAUCAGAAGUUCAUCAAAUGCCCGAUUCCUUUAAACUGAAUGCCUAAAUUUCAUAUCCAAAAGUAUUAUAUUCUCUGUACAAAAAUAUGAUCAAUUGUUCAAGACAUCAUUAUUUUUGACCCGCUUACAUUUCCUGAUUCCUUCCCAAAUUUCUCAUUUAUAAUAAAUAAACAGUGUGAACUGAA